UUUGAGGAAGAAGAUGAGGAUGAAAAUACCCAUCUAGAUUGCGGGAAUAACGGAGGAGCGUCGACUGAAAAUACGCCGAUUUCCACCAAUGGUUAUGGUAGGCCAACGUCCCCUUCUCUACGAUAUUCAGCCAAUCUGGUCGCAGGCUAGCCUAGGUGCAUGUGACACUUCCUCAAAAAAGAAGAAAAAAUCAAAGUAAAAAAAAGACAAGAUGAAGAAGAAAGACCCAAAAGCCAAAAGGGACGAGGUAUCCACAAAACAAGCUGUCGCUCGCCCAGAGAUGAAAUUUAGCAUGGAAGACGCCAUUGCAAAUGCCACAACGUAUGUAGAAACGGCAUUAAAUGAACUAGUAAAUCAUCCUGUUUACAAGACUGGAUUCCCAGCAGCAUUGGCUGCUGGAGCCCUAGCAUCAACAUUGCUUGGCCUAAUUGCAUCACCGAUCGUACAUGCAUUUUCCCAGGACUUAGUGAAAGACAUUUGGGUCAUAGUCACUGCAGGGGAUAAAAAGAAAAUAAAGCCUGAAGCCAAUGAAUUGGUUUACCGACAAUAUCAUUUGUAUAUAACAUGUAGUUCCUGUAAACAACAAUGGGCAAAUUUUCUUCAGUCGUUAAAUUUAACUCCCAAUGACCAUGUACAUCACUUCCUUUUAAGAACUUUACUCAGGCUGAUCAUGGCUGACAAAAAUAUUGCAGACUUGUCCGAGAAGCAGAAUGCAGAAGUAAACCCUUUGGACAAAAGUACAAAAGAAGUCAUUAGAUACACAGCUGGCUAUGUACCGUAUGCCCUGCAUAAAAGGUAUAGUAAAGUGAAAGGGGAAACGGCCAAAGUGUAUUGCACUCUGCUUAGCAAUUGGAAAGUCAAAGGGACAGAUAAUUAUAGGACGUUUCUAGAAUACACAAAUGGAUGGUUGAGAAAACAAACUCGAGGGGGAUUAUUUGAGGUCAAGGAUAACGUAUAUUUAUUUUUUAGGACAUUAGAAAAUGACACAAGAAAACACUUAACAGUAACAAGAAUGAACGAAUUGCCAAACAAAGAUAUGAAGUCGUGUACUAUGUAUAGCAUAGCAGAAAAUCACUUGGUUCACACAUACUGGUGCAAUAUUACAGAAAACAAGUUAGUUGGGGAUAUAUCGAAGAAUUUAUUGGAUGUUGUAAUUAAACUAUGGGUUAAAAUUAGAAAUUUUUGAAAGUCUACUUAAAUUUAAAGAGGGCAUAGGGAAAGAAAGUGUCUGGAAAAUCUUCGAAGGCCCUUUGCAAAGACCUGUAAGUAUAUUAAAUCUUGAAAAGAUGUGUUGGCAUUCCAUGAUUGCAUAUGUCAAUUUCCUCUGGUAAUUACAAUGUAUAUGUUUGUGCAGAUGUCACGCCAACAUUUAUUUAAUAUUAUUUACUUUGAGUAUGUACUGUAUGAUAUGUUGAACCACAUUUGAACUGAAUAAAAUUAUGUUUUCUUACAA